AUUUGUCAAUGUGUACGCAACACUGCCGUAUAUGACCAACUCUUGAAUUCAGUGUAUUAAUCAGGUCCCAUAUCUUAUUUUGUUGCAAAGUUCAAAGUCCUUGAGAUAUUCUGGCAUUGCUGGUUAAUACACACACUUGGAUCUGUUGGACUCCUUUAUACAUAAAUAGUAAGAAAUGCCUGAAGAGAACGGAGUAAGCAAUGGCUUUGACUAUGACUUUGAUCCUGCCUUUGAGGGAGCUGGCGUUGAAGAAGGCCUUACAACAUGGCGCAUCGAGGAUAUGAAGGUAGUUAAGCAGGAUCCUUCCAUGAAUGGCAAGUUCUUUGAUGGCGACUCCUACAUCGUUUUAUCUACAAAGGGCUCAAGAACUAAGACCUAUACAACAUCGUGAAGUCCAGGAUCACGAGUCUAAACUGUUCCUCUCAUAUUACAAAGCUGGUAUCAGGUACCUUAAAGGAGGUGUGAAAUCAGGACUAAGCUCUGUUAGUGACAUUAAGUUCAAGAAGAAACUUCUACAAGUGAAGGGCAAGAGGAACGUUAGAGUCAGAGAGGUUCCUUGUAAGUGUGCGUCCCUAACAAAGAACGAUGUUUUCAUACUCGACUGUGGUCAGGAGAUCUGGGUAUGGAUUGGUCCUAACAGUAACAGAAUGGAAAAACUUAAGGGCACAUUGGCGGCAAAAGCUAUUCGAGAUGACAGAGAUGGCAAAGCUAAAAUAUAUGUUGUCGAACAAAACUGGGAAUCAGACAAAAAGUUCUUUGAGGCGCUUGGUUCCAAAGACAAAGAAAUUAAAGCUGGAGACCCGGAUGAUCGCCACAACGAGAACGAGAGAGGACCCGAGAGUCAGUGCUGUCUCUAUCGAUGUUCAUUCGAUGACAAUCUGAAGAUUCAAGUAGAAGAAGUGGCUCAGAGACCCCUUAGUAAGGGGAUGCUCAAUUCAAAUUGCUGUUAUGUCUUGGACUCUGGUAUAGGUGGCGUCUGGGUAUGGACUGGCAAGAAAUGUUCAAUCGAUUUCAAGAAGUUUGUUUGGAAAAAUACAGAAGAAUUCCUAGACUACAGAGGCUAUCCAGACUGGACUCCAAUGACACGUGUGACAGAUGGCGGAGAAUCACCCCUAUUUAAACAAUACUUUGAGAUAUGGCAGGAUGACACCGACCAGAAGGGUUUAGGAGAUGUCAGCACAGUAAAUCAAGUAGCAGAGCAAUCAGAUGACAAUUUAGAUGGCGCUGACCUACAUAAAAUGACCAGACCAGCUACAUCUGAGGAUUACAUGCCCGAUGACGGCUCAGGGGAAAUCAAGAUAUACCGUAUCGAGGGUAAUGAUCUUGAAGAAAUCCCUAAAGAAUUACACGGCAUAUUCUUUGGUGGGGAUUGUUACAUAGUUGCAUAUAUGUACAAAGAUGAGUCUGGAAAAGAUAAAUACAUCAUAUACUUCUGGCAGGGCCAGAGAGCCACCACAGAGGAUAAGGCAGCCUCAGCCCUACAGACCAUUACCCUGGAUGAUCAUCUUGGAGGACAAGCCCUGCAGAUUCGUGUUGUGAUGAACAAAGAGCCUAAACAUUUUCUAAAGCUCUUCCAUGGCAGACUGGUUGUAUUCCAGAUUGGCCAAUCCAAGGGAUUCCGUAGCAUGAAAGACCAUGCUGCAUACAACCCCACAGCAAUGCUGUUUGAGAUUCGAGGCAAUGAACAGGACCUCACCAGAGCUUUACAGGUAGAAGACAGAGCGGCUUCCCUGAACAGUAAUAGUGUAUUUAUGCUGGACACCAAGGACAAGACUUACGUGUGGGUCGGAAAGAAUGCCAAUGACAGUGAGAAAGAAAUGGCUCAAUUGUGUUGUGAAUUUAUUGGAGAAAAAGAACCAGAGGUCAUCGUGGAAGGAGAGGAAUCAUUUAGAUUCUGGGACGCUAUAGGGGGACAAGAGGAGUACUAUAAGGGGCCACCUAUCAAAGAUUCCAACUAUAUCCCUCCCAGAUUGUUCCACUGUUCUAUCAGCUCAGGGAAAUUCACUGUGGAGGAAAUAUUUGACUUCCAACAACAGGAUUUGGAUGAAGAUGAUGUAAUGAUUCUCGAUGCCUAUACUGAGGUAUUUGUGUGGAUUGGACAGAAUUCUGCUGAAGUUGAGAAGUUGGGAGCAUACAAAACUGCUAUUGAAUACAUUGAGAGUGACCCCUCAGGAAGAACAAAAGACAAUACCAUGAUUGUUGUUGUACGCCAAGGCUGCGAACCUCCAUUCUUUACAGGGCAUUUCCAUGGCUGGGACGCGGAAAUCUGGAGUAAAGGUCUGACGUGGGAACAGUUGGUGGCUCAAGUUGGCGAGGAGAAUGCUGGAGUAUCUUUGGUAGAAGAGGAGGUUGAAAAGUAUUUUAAACCAUACUCCUACAAAGAACUUCUAAGAAGCCCACCUCCAGAGGGAGUUGAUCCAACAUGUAAAGAGCAAUACUUAAGUGAAGAAGAAUUUCUUGAAGUGUUUGGCAUGGCAAGAGCCGACUAUGAGAAGAUGCCGAAAUGGAAACAAAUCAAUUUGAAAAAGUCAACAAAACUUUUUUAACAGCACAUACACAUAAGCAAGAACUAAACAUGACAGUAUUACACGAAGGAGUAUUCUUGGAACAUUAUGUUUUGGCAUUU